CAUUCACCCGCCCUCGCUGGUAAUGGCCGCUUUCUCUCCACCAGCCUGUUUCCUAAGGCUGCUGUUAUCCAUUCUGGACGCCUUACGAGGGCGUCCUUUUAUAUCCCUUCACUUUUAUAUCUUCCUUAUCGUAAAAUGUGAACUGUUCCUGUGCAGACACGCCGGACACGCCGCGACGCCCUUGCGCCAUGAGUCUGGGGAUCCGCAACCUGCAGCGCGCCGUCCCGCUCAGGAGGGCGCCGCUCCGCCGCCGGCUGGAGCUGGUGAGGGGCAUCUUAGGGGUCCGGAAAUUCGACCUGGGGGUCGUCUGCGUAGACAACAAGAGGAUUCAGCACAUUAACAGGACCUACAGAGGGAAAGACGUCCCGACCGAUGUGCUUUCUUUUCCAUUUCAUGAGAAUCUGAAAGCAGGCGAAAUUCCUCAGCCAGAUUUUGCAGAGGACUAUAAUCUGGGGGACAUUUUCCUAGGAGUGGAGUAUAUCUUCCAGCACUGCAAAGAAAAUGAAAAUUACUAUGACAUCCUGACUGUGACAGCCACCCAUGGGCUCUGUCAUCUAUUGGGCUUCACACACAGCACAGAGGCCGCGUGGCAGAAGAUGUACCAGAAGGAGAUGGAGGUUCUGGAAGAGCUGGGCAGGCACACCGGGGACCGGCUCCAGCCCCUGAGCAGGGGCCUCUUCUGAGGGUCGCGGCCCAGGACACAAGGACGCCGCCUGUGGGGGCGCUGACCCCUCCCUUUGGGCUCCGCCAAACUGAGGGCCCUGCUGCUGACUGCCCAGGAGUGGACCUGUUGCUUACAAUACGAGUGACAGUUCCAUUCCCGUCAGACAUGUUAUUUCCAGCACUGUACGUAAACCAGUUCUAAACUCUUAAAAUGGGGAGACGGAGUAUCUCCCCUCCCCUCCCUGGUCCUGCCUUUGGUAAUGAGGUCUUUCUGUCUCCCAGCUCUGCAGCCACUCAGAAGGGUGAAGCACAUGGCCGGGGGGUGGGGGGACAUAUGGGCGGGAGCAGGUCGUGGGGGGCCAGGCACUGAGCCCACAGGGGCCUGCACUACCCGGGCCUCCCCAGUAGCUGCAAAAGGCCAGCCUCUCAGACGCUCUUGGGCCCUAAAAUCCGGGGAUGCCACGAUGCUGAGGACUUGGUUUCCCCACGAGUCAAUUUUAGAGACAUGACAACGCUUUUCCCACCGGAUUUGUGUCCUGUCUCAGCCUGGCUGUGGAUCCCGGGCUCUCGAGGACAGGGACUUGGGCCUGUGGCCCUCCUGAGUCACCACUGGCUACACGUGGCCUGCUUGGCAGCUAAGUUUGUUCUCAGUGUAAAGUCAACGUAGAGAGCCACAGAGCUCUUGGCUGCGAAUCCUUUCUGAGACUGAAGGGGUCCUGAGACU